UUCAAUGUGGUCCUGAACGUGUUUACAAGAAUUUUGUUUGUUUUUUGUUUAAAAACGAAGAAUUUACCAUUUAAAAUGACUAAACGAACUUUGUGUAGUGAAAGUGAGGAAGUGGUGAAUGAUUUGAAUGUUACUGUCGACAAUGCCGAUGAUGUCCCAUCAUCUAAGAAAGGGAGACGUUUUUCCGCGCAAGAAUUUCGCUCGUUGCUUCAAACCGACCAGAAAACCACUGCUCUCAAAGAGUUCCUCACUUUGCUCAAGUCACACAAUGAAUCAGAUAAUGCCAUCAGUGAGUACUUCAGAUGUGGUGGUAAUUGUUUGGAGCUGCUUCAGAUUUGGGAGUUGGACACUACCUGUCCGCCAACUCUCAUUGUGGAAAUAGUUCAACACUUGAUUGUGGCUGUCAUUGAGAAGCAUCCUGACAUGCAAAUGCCCACACUGGAAGCAUGCAGGUAUUUGCUCAACACUCAUCUGACCCUCAUCAACAAAAUGUUACAACUUGCCUCUACACCAAAGGAGAGAUUUCUUACACUGAAGCUACUUACAAUCAUGGUUGCAUUUUCUCCUUUCUUGGUCAAAGAUAUUCUACUAAAUGUAAAGUUCCAAUUGAGUUUACUCAUCAAACACAUGGAUGAUAUUUCCAAGAGUACACGCGUCGCGUUUAUUAACUUUCUGAUGUCUUUUUUUGUUGAUGGACAUUACCCAACAAUUCUGCAAUUAUUACAUAAAAAGUUUUUGUUUGCAAGCAUCAUGCCUGGUCUCAAAUAUGAUCCCUAUGAGACUGUCAAAAUGGUUCUCAUGAUGCUCAAAACUCAUGUUCUUGAAAACGCGCACGUUUCAAAACCGAUUCGAGUGAAAAUCUUCAGUAAUGUUGUCAUCAAAGGCUUGACUUACUUGUACGACUGGCGUGGUCCUAAUUGCAUGGAAGAAAAACGACAGAGGCCCAUUUUGGAUGGUAAUAUAAAUAAAAACCAUCGCGCGGAAAUCGCCGAAUUGACGCAUGAAAUUCUCCUUGUGCUUUGCACAUCGAUAAAACACGGUGUUAUCUUUCGCGAUGAGCUCUUCGGAACAGGUAAACAACAUCGCAAUCCUUUGAUGUUUAAUAUCAUAGAAGUGGCUUUCCGCGGCGAGCAUUUUAGUCAGUUACAACAGGAACUCGUUGUUAAAAUGGCCGCCGAGUGCCCGGAUCUUGUCACAACCAUUUGGAACAAAAUUGCCGAAUCGCUCGAACCGCGCCCUUCGAUUAAUUGGAUGCGUGCGAUGCGAUUCAUGCGCCAGCUUGUCACCGAAAUAAAAUCGCAUGGUAUUGUUCAAUUGGCGAAACAAUUACGGCCGCUGGUAUUCGCGCAGGUGAUACAGUUUCUCGUGAUGCCGACGCAUGUUUUGGACCAGUUAGGUCUACCGCAUUUUGAAUAUGAUUCUAAUGAUGUCAAACAAGAGGUGGCAGCCGGUAUUGUUGAUAUUUUGAAAGCUGUGCAUGGUUUUAUGCAGAAAACGAAAGAAUUCCUACCGGAGAAUUACAGUAGGACAUUGAAGAGUAUCAUCGAGGAUCAUCUUCAACGGCAUAUGCCUAGCGUGGAGUUUUUGUUGGAAAAUUGGUUGGCGAUUCCAAAAGAGGCACCAGAUAAUGCACACAAAUUACCAAAAUAUGAUAGAUUGGUAUAUAUGACCGCGGUGGUUAAUAUUUUGGAUCUUUAUCAUGAUUUAUGUCCGGAUUUACUUUGCAAUUUGAAGUUUUCGAAUGUAGAUGAACUUCUUCAAUUAGAGUUUGAAGAAAGCGCGAGUGAACAUGGUAACAAACACCAGUUUAGAGUUUGUUUGAUUAAGUUGUUAACUCAACUGGACCCGGGUUUAUUUCUUGUAUCAGGAGAGAUAUUUCCAUUGUCUAUGGGAAUUCUUGCGGAUAGUUUGCGUAUGCAAGACGAUGAUGAUACUCGUCUUUGUAUCAGUAACAUUUUGACAAUCACAGGGUUAUUCAUCGACUGCGAUUAUGAAAUCGCUAUUUGGACGGAGGCAUUGAAACAAAAGCAUUUCCCGAAGUUUUUCUCCUCGUUGUUAGCUCUGCCGCAUGAGAAUGUUACAGUUGCGUGCGAAACGAGUUCAACUUCAGAUUCGGACUUAGAUAUUCUGCAGAGAUUAUCCAACGACGCUUGUACUUUUACAACCUAUGGUAAACCAAUGAAAUCCAUUGCAUAUUCAGGUGUUAUAGCUACAGCUCUUCAAGAGAAAGUCAGCAAAAAGCUUAGGCCCGUCCUGGGGACAAUUGCGGUACAAAUUUUUCAUCUUCAGACUGAUAUUAGAAGUUUCCAGAAACUGGUGGAAACUCAUCCGGGAAAUCUUCCUGAAACGGUAAGAGAAUACAUCGCAUCUUGGCCGGAAUCCUCUCUAGAAGUACCAGAACUAAUAGAAACAACGAAUAUUGACCUUUUAUGUAUUCUGGACACAUCUACAGCUUUGUUCAGACUUGUCAACCACAAAAACACUAAGGCAGAACUUGUAGAACUUAUCGAAACUACUAAAAAGCAUGCGUCAAAAAUGCUUGCCAUGGUCUACCGUCAUCCCAAAGUGCUGGAGAACUUUCAAAUAUCUCAGAAGAAUACAACAUUCAAUGGAGAUAACGUACAGUUUCUAACUGAAAUCACCGAACACAUUCAGAAUGUCGAAAAACUUGAUAUUUCUGAUCAUUUGAAGACCUACCAGCGUUGGUUGUACAAAAGCGUGCUGGUUAUAAUCUCCCAGAAGAUUUCAAUGUCGAAAAGUGAUGUGGAGACAUACAUGCGACUUAUGAAUACUUUUGGGUUGACUUUUGAUGGAUGUGUGGACAUUCUAAAUCUUUUUGUUUCACAAUCUGAAUUGCAGUUGCUCGACGCAGAACGGAAACCGAACCUGUUGUAUACAACUCUCGUUGCGGUUUUGCACAAUUACAGUAAUCAAAUUAAAGAUGUAGCUUCAGAAUAUAGAAAGUUCGAUAAUACUAAGUCUUUAUUUCGAAUUCUUGCUGAGUUGAAUCGGCAUAACACUGAUUGUUUUGAAUUAGCUGCAACGAUGCAUAGUUAUUUAACUCUGCAACCUGAUCAAAUAACUGCUGAGAAUACCAGAGAAUAUUUUGUUAGUGUUGUUCAAAGAGAGGAGUAUUGCAAAGAGAAUGCACUCUUAGCUCUAAUGAUUUUUAAACAGGGUCAAAAAGACUUGCAUGAUGUUUUUGUAGACAAUCUAAAUGCAAUAUGUCAAAAGAAAGGCAUGAUUCUGCCUCUAUUGUGCAUUGCAAACUUUGAUGCAGACUUAUCCGAACGCAUUUUCAGCCUUUUGUCUCCCAUGUUGGAAAAAACACUAUUAAAACCCUCGAAAGCCGGCCAACACUUCGAAAACCAUUAUGAAGGAUUCUGUCGUUUGCUUGAGACCCAGUUGAAGGAUACAUAUGGUGAAUCGUACUUCAACAAACCUCACAAGGCUGAUACAACCGAAGUAUUUUUACCUGCUAUUUGGACAUCGAUUGUGCUUAGGUACUUGUCUAACAAAAAGGUCAACUGCGAUAAGCCAAUCAACAAUGCGCUAUUGACUUUUGUACACUAUAUAAUCAACAUGGUAAAAGUCUUCCAGAAGAAGAACACCGACAACGUCAGUGAAAACCAGAUUUGUAUGACGAAGUUGGAGCAAGUUUGUGAAUUAUUUAUGAAAAUAAUUAAGGCACUUCCGAGAUAUAUAUCAUUGGAGACCACGAGGACCAACGAAACCUUUAAAUUGUUUUGUAAAUUGUGCCUAAAGCAUGGCGUUGGAUCAACGCAGAUCUAUGUCCUCAAACAACUCACGGAACUCUUGAAAAGGAUGCAAUGUUCAUUGGAGCAGACAACUGAACUCUUGGAAUUACUGUUCUCGCAUUCAGAGUUUAUGAAUGUAGCCCUAGAUGUACCAUCGGAAGGAAAAUUUGCUGUUUUUGAUUUGAUGUAUGUUUUGUGCAAAGCCCAGUCGGGUAUAAAGGAGCGGAAGCAUGUCCCACUGCUGUUAUCAGCAUACUCUGCCACAAUGCACUCUUCGGAUAGAAAAAUACGCUCCUUACUAGCACUCUACGAGAAAGAAUCGGAACAAACGAUGUUCUACGAUUUUAAACCGUUUCUGUGGGGAAUGGCCGCCGGGAAUUUUUACUCCGCCAGACCUGAUAGUAGAAAGAGUUUGUGGCGACAACCCCGCACCGGUGAUAUUUUAGAUAUCCUGGAGAUGUCCAUGAUAGAAAACACUAUUUUAAACUUUCCACUCAAAGCAUCCUUGGGAGAUGAGCAGACUGAUACUAUUCUAGAUGAUGAACAAUCCACGAAGGUGUACGAUGUCGGAUUUCUUCUCUCAGUGUUUUCACAAUUGUUAUCUCCGGAUUACAAUUUAAUUAUGCACAAGUUUACACGCAGUGGAGCGAUGGCAAUUGUUGUGGCGGCCCUGGCAAGUCUCAAUCGUGAUGUACGCGCAGCUGCGUGUCAUGUCCUUGCGAAGUUCUUUUACCAAUUGGAAAUGAAGGGACAAUUUGGGAAGGACCGUCUCCUUUGGCUGCGUUUUGUCGAAGUUACUGGGAAGGCAGUCGGCGCUGUGGAGACACACAAAUUGAAUAGUUUUGCAGCGUUGUUCAUGGCUCGCACUGCGUUGGUUCUUACCAACCCCACGGAUCCGAUGUACGCACCAUUGAGCAACUUUAUUGGGGUGACCUGCGCGCCGAAUUUAGCGCGGAUACCUGAGUUGUACACGUUUCUCAACUCCAGCGCAGUAGAUCAUCAGAUACACCGACAGUUUAUUCUCGAAAUUUUACGCGGUGGGAUGCGUACACAGGAAGAUGGCGUCGUUGCUGAUGAGGCAAUGACGUUCAAGUUAAUCAUGGAGUUAUUCUCCAGUGCAAUUAGCGAUGGGCCGUCCACGAUACUCAUCCUGGAGAUUAUUGAAAGGGCCGUCAUGUUACCCAAGACAGCACGUUCAUUGUGCCUCAAGCAGGGUUUGGCUACCUGGCUGCACAACGUCCUUCAGCAUCAAAGUGAUCCCAUGGUGUUAAAUAAGGUAAAUUGCAUCUAUCAGAAUAUUAUAAAAUAUCCCGGAUUGGAAGGGACUAUGGAGCUGGUAAAGAUGAUAUCACAUUGAUGCAAAUAUAUUUGAUUUAAACAUUACAUUGAUUUAGUACAGAUUAUUUCAACUCUUGCAUGACUUGUCGCAACAUUUGGUUGCACAGAGCAGCGUACGGAUUGAUUUCGACCAACUGAAAAAAUUAUAUUUUUAAAUGAUGUAUAUCUCAUUCAUGUAUAAAAAUUCAUAUUACCUGA